AGCAUAGACGUAGACUUACUUCGUGACACUCGCCUUGUCUUGCUGGUACACCAGAAGGUGAAGGACAGAAUGCCAUGACGAGGGCGAGAACGAAUCUACAGCUCACCCAUGGCUGUUCGGGUUUUGUUGGUCGUCUUUGCUGCUUGUCUUUGGGCAACUCCAUGCUUGUCUUGGAGAGAGCUCCAAGAACGUGACAUCCAGCGUCUAUUUGAUGUUGAAAGCGCUGAAAAAGCUCCCCAACAUGAAAUUAUCUACCCCUAUGUGGUGACGGAAGAGGGUGCAUUUGCUGUCACCGGUGACGCUCUCAGCUCAGAUAAUUUGCGUCUAACGUUCCAAGCCUUCGGUGAAGAUUUCGAUCUGCCCCUCCAACGAGACGACUUUGGCAUCUCACCAGACUUCGAAAUGCCGGCGAUAUCUGCCGAAGGCAGACAAAAGCUUCCUAUCCGAACCGACUGCUUGUACUCAGGAAAAUGGAACUCGGACCCGGAAUCCGUAGUUACCGCGGAAACUAGCGAGGGUUUGCAUGUGAUGAUUUAUCGCAAGGGUGUGCCGAUACACGUCACGCCACUGAAGGAUCACCCAGCUAGUCAUGAAGGUGUUGGUCUGGCCCACGUUGCGUAUAAGGGCAGCAAUGAAAUCCGUUGCGGUGUUGACAGUAGUGUCAUGGGUCCAGUUCGAUACACCACUGAGCACGAAACCUCGGAACCCGUUCACAAAGAGGCACAAAAAGUACUUGAACUGGCGCUGUACGCCGACUACCAGCUGUAUGAGAAACACGGGAGUGAAACCGGCCAGAAGCUCAUCAGACUUGGUGCAGCGGCCACUGGACUUCUCAAACUUCAAUCUCUCACGGGCGGCAAUUUAAAUAUCAAGCUCACAGGGGGCGGAGUCAUUACAGACGAGGACGAGCUUCAAACGACAACAAAUAUAGUUGACUCGCUCUUCAAGUGCAGAGAUCAUGCAGGUGAUAAUUGGAAAGCACCAGGUGAACCGUUUCACUUUGACAAUGCUGCCUAUGUAUCAGGACAACCCUAUAUUUUCACGGUGGGCUAUGCGUACAUCGGUGUAUGCGGAAACAAGCAUGCUGUCUCGAUAUCGGGAUUUCGAGAACCAGACGGCAAUGCUCCUACACUCGCUCACGAAAUAGGGCACAAUCUCGGCUGUCGGCAUGAUGGUACUGAUAACACAUGUGACAGCGGGACCUAUAUCAUGGCUAGUGGUGUGCCUUUCGAUUUCAACCCAUCUACGUGGUCGACCUGCAGCAAGGACGAAUACGAUAAGUUUAUGGCGACCGUAAGUUGUUAUGACGACUAAGCCCAAUUGCAGCUGGCCAGAGCCCCGCCUUGUGAACGUUUCUUCGCAAAUAUACCAGCUUUGUGUGAAAUUUAAUUUAGUGGGUUUUUGAUCUAUUUUCUGAGGUUGUAUUGCAUUCUUUUUUAGAAAACAGGGCCGUAGUAUAUAAAAAGUGUUCCCCCUACAGGGUUACGUUUUCAUUCAAUUGAUACUUCAUAGUGUCAAGUAACCGGACAUGAAAGACUUGUAGCAGGUUUGUUUAAUAUUAAUUACUUUGGCAUAAAGGGUUGCCUUCUUUUAAGAACGAUUUGGGUUCUUGGUUACCAUUAUUAAAUUAUGUUCUACUUUAAGACUUGAAAGAGGGGUACUCGUUAUAUUCCAUUAACAAAUUCACAGUAACCAUCGUUAUUCAAAACACAGAAAAGUCCUUGUACAAGUCCAUGUACAAGGCAAGUUUCGGGUAAUUUCAAAUUCUUUACGUAUAAACAGCGAAUAGGAGAGUAUAUGAUUUCAGUUGGCUCCAGAAUUGAAAGGGGAUCUCUUUUCUUGAAAUUUUCUGUGUAAAAAUUAUGAAAUAGCUUGUUCUUGGUUUCAUUGUUUUUCCUGUGUAAAGCUAUGUUGUUUUUUCUGACUUUAAAAGUAGUUUAGGCAAAACAAAAAGCAAACAGCAACGGAAGGUGAGAAU